AAAAUGCAUAAUUAUUUCCGCAACUUACUUCAAAAUCGUGUAUUUUCUGUGGCACUUGGAUCAGUUCGGAAUAAAUAUAAAUAUGUUGGGAUGAUUGAAGAAUCCGAUGGAACGCUUAAAGGUGACAUUAAAGCAGGGAUGGAGCGAGUUAUGCUUAAAGAAUUGAUUCAUGGUUUUGCCCACGUUUUUGGACACAUGUUUAUGGAACCGGCUACAAUUAAUUACCCUUUUGAGAAGGGCCCGCUCAGCACCCGUUUCCGAGGAGAACAUGCACUUCGUCGCUAUCCUUCAGGCGAAGAGCGUUGUAUUGCUUGUAAAUUGUGUGAGGCUAUAUGUCCUGCCCAGGCAAUAACAAUCGAGACUGAAACACGUCCAGACGGUAGUCGACGUACAACGCGUUAUGACAUUGAUAUGACAAAAUGUAUUUAUUGUGGAUUGUGUCAAGAAGCUUGCCCUGUUGAUGCUAUUGUUGAGGGUCCAAACUUUGAAUAUUCAACAGAAACACACGAAGAAUUACUUUAUAAUAAAGAAAAGCUUUUAUCAAAUGGUGAUCGUUGGGAGCCAGAAUUGGCAGCAAAUUUGCAAGCAGAAUUUUUGUAUAGAUAA